AUGGGCAACGCCCAAGUCGUACCGACCAGGCCCCUCGCCGAUGCCGCGCACUCCGUUCGGACGUUCAAGAUCGACGGCCUCAGCUCGACUUCCACGGCCUCGGCCACGGCGACCAGCGGUCACGACGAGUGCGUCGUGGUAUGCUCCAGGUGGAGCGUCGGCUGGCAUGAGUGGGAGAUCCGCUGCUACCCUGCGUCCUCGGUGUGCAGCAUGUGGGUGUCGCUCAAGCUCGUGCUCCUCGCCCAUCCCGCCGCCGCCGGCGACGUCGUCAAUGCGCGCCUAGACUGCUGGCUCGUGGAUCCCGCGGGUUUGGCCGCGCAGUCGGAGGCCAGGACGCUUGGGGCCCACGGCACCCUCACCGUGAAAUGCGCCAUCACGGUGCUCGGGGAACAGCGCCCGAGAGUGGACGUGCCCGCGUCGCAUCCUGUGCCGGCCUCAGACCUGGACCGGCACCUCGGGGAGCUCCUGCGGAGCGGGACGGGAUCCGACAUCACGUUCGUCGUCUCCGGCGAAACGUUCGCCGCGCACAAGGUCGUCCUGGCCGCGAGGUCACCGCUCUUCAUGGCCGAGUUCUUCGGGGACGCGAGCGACAAGAAGUGUGCGCGGCGCCUGGAGGUCCACGGCAUGGAGCCAGCGGAGUUCAAGGCCAUGCUGCACUUCAUCUACACCGACACGGCACCGGAGCUCGACCGACACGACGAUGAGGAGGCGUUGGCGUUGACCUGUCGCCUCCUCGCGGCCGCCGACAGGUAUGGGCUGGACAGGCUCAAGCUGAUAUGCUCGCAGAAGCUCUCUGCUAGCAUUUGCGUCGGGACGGUGGCCAGGAUUCUGGCUCUGGCGGACAUGAACAACUGCCCGCGGCUCAAGGCGACGUGCGUUGAGUUCAUCGUCGGAACGCCGGCGAUUCUUGGUGCCGUGUUGGCGACGGAGGGCUACAAGGACGUGGAGGCGAACUGCCCUUGGGUGCUGGCUGACAUUCUCAAGUCUGCAAGCGGGAGAAAGAAUUGAUGCGUAGUUGGGUUAUACUAUAUAUGUAGUCUAAGUUAAGUUGUAUCCUGUCCUGUCACUCAGGGAACUGACGCUCAAAUAGCCAAGUCCAUGUUGCGGAUGAAAGUUGAGACUAGUUUUGUAGUGUUAUAAUUGUGAGAAAUGCAUGUCUACCAUGCAUGGGAUAUCCGGUGCAUGUAGCAGCCAUUGUUUUUUAUUGAAGACUAGCAAGAUGCCCGUGCGUUGCACUUAACAUCAAGAUGCAUUUGUAUGAGUAGUUUAUCUUGUGAGAUA